UAGAUGAGAUUAUUGAAGAAACAUCUACAAUUCGAUUAUUCAUUCUCUUCUAUCCGAAGAUUCUCAACUAAUUGCUAAUUUCUAAAAAACGUGGGAAAUUCCAUCUUGGCGGUAAACUCGGAGACUCCUAUUGGUUGCAAUCCGAGAGGGUCGAAGAUUCACCAAUGGAGUGGCGAUGUACAUUUUGGUUACCCGUGGCUUUUGGCGCAAUUUGGCCGUGAAUUACAUUUCGGUCAGUUAAGCAAUCCUAUUACAUCGUGAGACACGUUUCUGGUAGCAACAAGUCUUAUCAAGUACAAAAAAAUGCCUCUCAGCCCGUACAACAAAGAGAACAUUAGUGAGAAAGUAGACAACACUGCUCUCAAGAAUCACGUAUCUCCAUUGAAGUCUCCGUCGAAGCGCAAUUCUAGUGGUGGAAUAUCACCGAGUAAGAAGCUUCGUAUGACGCCAGAGACUUCAGGUGCACUCAGUACCAUUGACAAACCAGAUACAGAAAAAUUAAGAAAUGCUGUAAGGAAACUAGACUUGAAGGAGAAUGAUUUCGACCCACAAUUGGAACCUCUUCUUAAGGAGAAUCCUCGGAGAUUCGUUGUCUUCCCAAUUGAAUGGCCAGACAUUUGGAAAUUUUACAAAAAGGCUGAGGCCUCGUUUUGGACAGUUGAAGAAGUCGAUUUGUCGAAGGAUCUCCUUGACUGGGUGAAAUUGAACGACAAUGAACGCCAUUUCAUUUCCCACGUACUAGCUUUUUUUGCUGCCUCAGAUGGAAUUGUGAAUGAGAAUCUUGUGGAAAGAUUCAGUCAGGAGGUGCAAGUCACUGAGGCACGAUGCUUCUAUGGAUUCCAAGUUGCUAUGGAGAAUAUACAUUCUGAGAUGUAUUCCCUUUUGAUUGAAACUUAUAUUUCAAAUCCACAAGAAAAACAAUAUUUAUUCAACGCGAUUGAGAAUCUCCCCUGUGUAGCGAAGAAAGCUAACUGGGCACUCAACUGGAUUGUAAACGAAACUGCAACGUUCGCCGAAAGACUAAUCGCCUUCGCCGCUGUCGAGGGAAUUUUCUUCUCUGGUAGUUUCGCUGCCAUCUUCUGGUUGAAAAAGCGUGGACUCAUGCCUGGUCUCACUUUCAGUAAUGAGCUUAUCUCCAGGGACGAAGGUCUCCACUGUGAUUUUGCCUGCCUCCUCUUUAAGCACAUUGUCCAGAAGCCAUCGAAGGAACGUGUGAUCUCCAUAAUUACAGAUGCAGUUCACAUCGAACAGGAAUUCUUGACGGACGCUCUUCCAGUCGCUAUGAUUGGAAUGAACUGUGAAUUGAUGUCACGUUACAUUGAAUUCGUUGCAGACAGGCUGUUGGUAGAACUUGAGUGUCCAAAGGUAUACAACUCCGAAAAUCCUUUUGACUUUAUGGAACAAAUUUCGCUAGAAGGAAAAACUAAUUUUUUCGAGAAGAAAGUCGGUGAGUAUCAAAAGUGGGGAGUCAUGCAGACACCAGAGACGAAUUCCUUCUGCACCAAUGCUGACUUUUAAUUACUAAGAGAUUUAAUAAGCUAAUAAGUAUAAGAAUGAGUGCUGCGCAUUGAGUUAUUUAAUUAAUGUGCUUUUUUGACGCUGAAAGAGUUUGUUUCUUUUCUCUCUUAAUUUGUAUAAUUUUAUGUGAAGACGAAAACAUUCAAUAACAAGUAAAAAUCAACAAUUGAAAGAUAUUCAAAAGUUAAAUUAGUCAACUGAAAUUUAAUUUUACUCAUUUUUCGCAAUGGCCACCACUUGUAUUGUUUUGUUUUACUCCACAGCACUGGAUAAUGAAAAUGUGUACAAUUAAAUUUACGAUAUAAUUUCUUUUACAUUGGAUAUUUUAAUUUCUUGCUGUUUCGUUGAAGUAUAACAUAACAAAUAUGUGCCUUAAAGUUUAACAUGAUACUUCAUUUUUAUCAAUUUCAUCUGCACAUUAACAUGAACUCGUUCAUCAUGACUUCCAUGAUUCUAAUUUACCUACCUAUAAUUAAAAGUCUUGCAAUUAGGGAUAAAGUAAUUAACAGAGAAAACAAUUAUUGUUCAAUUUCUUUCAUGUAUUCACAUAAUGUAUAGAAUCACAAAAAUAAGCUUGAAUUUAAACCCUUUUGUAUGAAUUUUGACAUUAAAUUGGGUAUCUUUGUCUUGUGAAUAGAUACAUAUGAAAUAUAGAUUUUUUUCUUGUUAUGGAGUAUUCAUUGCGAAACCAGUUGUGAGACGUUCCAAGUAUUCCUGGCGACACUUCAUCUCAUCAGCUGGACGAUUGUAAGGCAGCCAAACUGGCUCACCAACGAAAUAACGUUUUGCCUUAAUAAAGUUCUAAGAAGAAAAAAUCAUGUAAGUUUCACUUGUAAUAUUUCGAACCGAAAUCACAAAUAAAGAAUUAAUAUUUUGGCAACUAA